GCGGCAAAAAAUUCCGCGCGAAUCAUUCAACAUCAACCGCAGGAGCAAAACAAUUGAUUUGCUUGCGACAGAGAGAUACCAUUGUAUUUUUUCUUGUUGUUGGUUGUGACUGGAAAUAUAUAAAUAUAUAGUGGAACGUGUGGUUUUGGUUAAAAAUGAAGCAAAAGUUGAAUAAUAAUAACAAGUGUCUUAUAAGCUGGGUUGGAAAACAAUACGAACCAGAAAUCGAACGUACAUUUAGGACGAAAACGGCCAUUUUCUACAGAAAAUGUAUCUUCGGAGCACUAACGCUGGAGGUGGGAAACUACGUGCUUGUUUCCAACAUGGACAGUGCCGAACCCGAUUUAAUUUCUGGCUGUGAUAUUGCGCGAAUCGAGCAUAUGUAUGACUUACUGAAUGAAAACCCGAAUGUUGACUCAUGCCGAGCCAUCGUGCAGUGGUAUUCACGUCCAGCGGCAAUGCCAACCAGAAUUCUGAAUGAUGAAAACUAUGCAUUUGAUUUUGACAAAGAGAUAAUGGAGGAUUCGCGUUUCAACCCAGAUAUUUCGAUCGAAACUAUUUUUGGAUUAUGCCGUGUUGAAACACUGGAUCCAAUGUCGGUUGUUUCGGAUGCGGUGGCUAGGAUAACCACUAGUUUACCGGUUUUCAUUGCACGCUACAGACUAACACAGGCAUCAGGUUCGAGAAGAAUGUAUUUGGAAGCGCUCACGAAUGGUACCAAGCAGUUUACUCCACGCAAACGUAAAUCAGUGCUAGAAAAGAGCAGUCAUCGUUCCAGCGUUAGUGCUAGUGCCCAGAAAACUCCAAAAUCAAGAACGACUCGCUCGAAAUCCAUAGAAUUUAUCGAUGUGGACAGUUUCAAUGAUGAGGAAAUUCAAACAGCACAGAAAGCUUUGAACGACGACAAAUGGAUUGUUAAAGUUGUUGAAACAGUAACUGAUUCCAUUAAGAAAAAGCUUGACGAGGUAACAGAAAGUUUCAGCGAGGUUGACAUCAGUGGCGAUGAGAACGGUUCUCCGUCGAAAAUUGCACGAAGAAAUAAUGUUAGAAGGAAGACGGGAAGUUUCCGGAGAAAUUUGAAUGCUAGUCUUCGUUGUGAAUCUCCGGUGUCUUCCGAUAUGGAUAUGCCGAAUUACUCAAUUGUGAACGAUGGAUCGGAGAACGCUGCUGGAAUGAAGAUCAAAUUAAGACUUUCACAACAGAAAAAGGUGGCAAAUGAUGUCGCUCGACAGAAAACUCCACGGAAACGUUCGACUAAUGAAAACAUCGACUCCAUUGACGAACAGAUAUCGCCGAGGAAAACAAGAAAAUCAAGCAUAAUUGUAGAUGACACUGAACAUUCAACGCCCAGUACAAGAACGAGGCGGAAAAGUAUUCUAAAGACUCCGAGUAGUAAGGCUACUGAGGCAACUGGAACCCCAAAGCGUAACAUCCAACUCUCUAAUAUAAUAGAAGAAAUUUCGGGAGAAAGACGUAGCUCUAGAAAAGUGGAACAAACUCCGAAGAAGUCCAACACAAAUGAUGAGCCCAAAACCCCCCGUUCAAAAAUUUCUAAGUCAACUCCCAGAAGUAGUUCAAAAAUGAAUCUCAUUCGCUCAGGUGCUAUUAAGCCUAACAUUCAAGAACGGAAUCUUCCUAUCGAAACUCCGAAUGGUGAUCAACUGUCGAUGGCACGCGAACGUUUGCAUGUUUCUGCUGUUCCAGAAAGCCUACCCUGUCGAGAGAAAGAGUACAAUGAAAUUUACAAUUUCCUUGAAGGCAAAAUCUUUGACGGUUGCGGUGGAUGUAUGUACGUUUCGGGAGUACCUGGAACUGGUAAAACUGCGACAACAACUGCGGUAAUCCGAUCGCUGCAGGCCUUAGCGGGAGAUGGAGAAAUCCCUAAGUUCGAAUUUGUAGAAAUCAAUGGAAUGCGUUUGACAGAACCGCGUCAGGCUUAUGUUCACAUUUAUCGUCAACUGACGGGCAAAACGUUGGCUUGGGAGCAGGCGUACAAUCUUCUCAAUAAAAGGUUUACCACCAAAGCGCCACGCCGGGUAUCCACCGUUCUGUUGGUGGAUGAACUUGAUAUACUCUGCAACAAACGACAAGAUGUUGUGUACAAUUUGCUGAACUGGCCUACGGCAAAUACUGCCCAAUUGGUGGUCAUUACAAUUGCGAAUACGAUGGAUCUUCCCGAACGUUUGCUGAUGGGGAAAAUAUCUUCCCGUUUGGGGCUCACGCGGCUCACCUUCCAACCGUACAACUUCCGCCAGCUUCAAGAAAUAGUGAUGGCUCGCCUCACCGGAAUGUCCGCGUUCGAUGCCGAGGCUGUUCAACUGGUAGCACGAAAAGUGGCCGCCGUUUCGGGUGAUGCGCGGAGAGCGCUGGAUAUUUGUCGUCGCGCAACCGAAGUAGCAGAUGAUCAAUCGCGGAAAACUGGUCAGUUUGUUAGCGUCUCGAUGGGUCAUGUGCAACAUGCGCUGGGGGAGAUGAUAGCUAGUGCCAAAGUACAAACAAUCAAAAGUUGCUCACGUAUGGAACAGCUGUUCUUGCAGGCUGUUACAGCGGAGGUUGCGCGCACUGGAAUCGAGGAAUGUAACUUCCUAGGGGUCUAUUCGCAGUUUGAAGCACUGGCCGCGUUUGCUGGAAUAACUGUACCGAAUCCUGGUCGAGCAAUCGCAAUCUGUAGUCGACUAGGUGCCUCUCGACUGCUGAUAUGUGAGAAUGCCCGAAACGACAUCUAUCAGAAAAUUCUUCUUAACAUAAGCUCCGAUGAUGUACAUUAUGCUUUGCAGGCGAGCAAUUUAAUCUAGAGUUGAUCUCUGUUAUGUUAUGUUUUAUGUUUUAACCUUCGAACUUUUACUUUUAAUAAAAAACCGAUUUAUUCUUCAAACGAAAA